CUACAAGUGGAGCAACCAGCAGGCAGCAGAUCUGCAGACAUGUCCUUCCUGGAGGAAGACCUGUCCUGUCCUGUGUGCUUCGACACCUUCCAGCAGCCGGUGGUGCUCCCCUGCAGCCACAGCUUCUGCAGAGACUGCCUGGCGAACAGCUGGAGGACCAGCAGCCGGCCCGAGUGCCCGAACUGCCGGAAGGCCUAUCCUCUGGGCUUCACACCUCCCGCCAACCUGGUACUGAGGAACAUCGCGGAGGCCUAUCUGAAGAAGCAGCAGGAGGACCAGGCGUCGGUAUCGCAGGGGGAGGCUGGGCCUGCCAGGACGGGGCGGACCGCGAGCGGGGCAGCGGAGAGAGACGCCAGGGCCUGCUGUAGCGUACAUGGGGAGAGGCUGCUGCUCUUCUGCAAAGUGGACCGGGAAGCCCUCUGCACUGUGUGUCAGACCUCCAGAAAGCACCUUGGCCACCAGCUCUGUCCCCUGGAUGAGGCCAUUCAGGAUCUGAAGGAGGAAGCCAAGGCGAGUCUAAAACCACUGAGGGAGAAGCUGGAGUCUUUCCAAAAGGUCAAGCAGGACUGCGAGAAGGCCCUGAAGUACAUUAAGACUCAGUCCAGCCAGACGGAGCUUCAGAUAAAGGCGGAGUUUGAAGCACUCCGCAACUUCCUGUUGACGGAAGAGCGAUGCAGGAUUGCAGCCCUUAAGGAUGAAACGGAGCGCAAGGGCAGAGCCAUGAAGGAGAAGGUUGAGGACCUGACGGCUCAGAUCGCUUUGCUCUGCAACAGCAUCGCAUUGGCCGAGCGCGAGGCGGAGGCCCACGACCUCACCGUGCAGGAUUGCAACACUAACAGCAGAAGGGCUCUCUGCACUCGUCAGAACCCACAGAUGGCGUCCGGAGUGCUGAUCGACAUGGCCAAGCACCUGGGCUCACUGCGCUUCAGAGUCUGGGAGAAGAUGCUGGAAACCGUGCAGUACAGCCCAAUCACCUUGGACCCCAACACGGCGACCCCCUGGCUGGCCUUCUCGCCGGACCUGACGGCAGUGUGGUAUGCCGGGGCGCAGCCGCAGCUACCCGACAACCCGGAACGGUGCGACCUGUGCGUGUGCGUGCUGGGUGCCGGGGGCUUCGUGGCUGGACGCCACUGCUGGGAGGUGGAGGUGGGCGACAAGCCCAAGUGGGACCUAGGGGUGCUCUGGGAGUCCGUCCAGCGGAAAGGCAUACUCCAAGUGAACCCGGCCCAUGGCUUCUGGGCGGUGGCCCUUCGGGAUGGCGGCCAGUACAGCGCCUGCACCCAACCCUGGACACCCCUGGCCCUGCAGCAGAAGCCCCAGAGGGUCCGUGUCCUGCUGGACUACGACAAGGGCGAGGUGUCCUUCUUCAACGCCAGUGACAUGUCCCACAUCUACACGUUUAGGGAUCGCUUCCAUGACAGGAUCUUCCCGUUCGUCUCGCCGUGCGUCAGCGAGAACGGACGCAACACACAGGCCCUGAAGAUCUGCCCAGCAAAGGUAUCCAUACUGCACCAAUAGAGGCCUUCACAUCUCAAUGGCUCAGAGGCAUCAACCCAAAGGGCCAAGCACUGCCACUCUAGUUUAAACCCAUAGGUCUAUGCUGAAAUGCAUUUAAAUAAUAUAUAUGGAGUAUAUAGUAAUAUAGAAAUCUUAAGCUGUAUACAUGGAGUAGAAUAUGUUACUAUUAGUCUGCAUACCAUGAGUUUAACGUAAUGGUUGGUCUGUUACUUUUCUAUGUGCAAUAAAAUCUCACAAAUGCACCCUGAGCCAGCUGGUGCUUAGUGCAAGAUGUCAGUGUAGCAAUUCAUUCUUAAUUAAAUGUGAAAGUGAAAAUGUUAGAUUUGACCUUUUCCUGAGAAAUAUUUGCUCAUAUGCAAAACCUGUCAAGCCGGUAACGUACCCAAGGUGUUUGUGAUGAGGCAGAGCUAUAGCGGCUGUUUACACAAAGAUUAAUUAGCUGAGGAAUUUAGGGGGGUUAUGAGAUUGAGUUUUUACAAGCUUAAUAAAUCUGUAAGCAGGAACUGCACCCAGAAACAGAUCUUCAGAAAGAGCAGAGUUAGUAAUUACUUCCGAACAUAUGUAUCCCUUGUCAUUUCAAAUCAAGCAGAAAAAUACCAUAAGUUCCAGAGUCUGGAAACCACCAUCCUCCCAAAAAAGAAACAUUCAAAAACUUCAGAAACACCAAAUAUUGUUUUAUUUAGAAAAGAAAUAACAAAAUUGUUCAGUUUGAAGCCACAGCACUGAGGAUCACAGAUGUAGAGCUGAAAGCAACAGAGCUCUGUAACGCUUCUGAUGGAGAUAUGGCCUCCAGUCCAACAUAGAAGCUGUACCAGACUGACUGGUGGGGAUCACGUUUGAUGUUUGAGUGGUGUAACAUCAUACAGCAAGGGGUUGAAGGCUGGCUGCCAAUCCACAUCUGUGUGACAGUGACCUCAGAGGAACCUCCGAAUCACCUGGUCUGCUACCCAGAAACAGCCAGCACUGUUCACUGGGGGAAUGUGUCCUCCCCCCCGACCCGCAGAUACAAGCAGCCUGAGACACAGACACAACUGGCCAAGCAUAGUGUGACCCCAUCUCUUAGAACUGCACUGGAGAGACUCAGAGCUAUUUCAGCAGAGCAUACCAUUUUUACCCUCUGGUUCCACAUAAAACACAGAUUCCCCAACAGUCGCUUUCACACAAGGAGGCCCUUGGCUGGCAGGAGCUCAGAUGAAACUUCAUGUUACGAUUUAUAACUCACAACUUUCACAUACUGAUACUCUGGUGUCUGGACUGAUUACCAUCCCCGGUGCCCAAACACCCAACUGGCCAAAGGAAUCAUUACCGCAAAACAGAAAGAGCACCACUUCAGCACCUCUUCUUAAAAUGGCACAGAAAGCAGGCCUUCCUUUAUUCAUCCCCCUCCCCCCCCCAUGAAAGAAUUAAUUCCAUGGGGCACCUCCUUCAUUAUUGUGGUCCUACAUGUUUAAACGGGACUGGCUCCAAGACUGUAAUUUAGGAGGCUGAAGAGUGCACACAGCUGUGAUUAAUCAGCCAAUCAUACAGCAACGUUUUAUGCGGAGGCGGGGCCAUGUUUAACCCUGUAUGCGCCAAGAUGUAUUGUGUUUCUGGGUACUGAGGUUGUGGUAAAGACAAGACAUGAGUUGUGCCCUUUGGGAUUAUUACACCUCAUGCCCAUGCUCCAGGGCAACCUGCUGACUCAGCUGGCUGGAAAAGUGUAUCAUGCUGAGUCAGGGUCAAUAAACACUGUCCCCCCCCCCG